AAAACUUCAGAGAACGCGAGUAGUGCCAUAUACUACAAGUGAGUGCAAGUUUUGAACUACAGAUAGAAGCACCUGUAGCACUUUGGAUUACUAUUUAAGAAACCAGAAGAGAAAUCGUUCUUUACCAGAACUUCCAAUUUCAGAUAUCUAAGGUAAAAAAAAUAUCCUGCACUGAAAAGGGUCGUUUCUUGUGAAAGGAAGAUUAAACAGCAGCACUUGGAAAAAAAAACAAAAAAAACAAAAGCUACUACCUGCAGCAAAAAGCUGACCAGGUACCUUUUUUGAAAAAAAAAAAAAUUACGUCUCUACUGAAAGAACAGAAAACAAUUAAGUUAAUGAGUGCGCUAUACAGUCUGGAUUCUCAUUGCGCCUCACCACCAUGCAAUAUGAACUGGUCAAUGGAGCCAACCAAUUUCUACGACAGUAAGCUUAGCACUAUCCAGGGGUCCUGCAAGCCCAGCCGUGGCGGCAUGUGCGAUGAAAACAACCUGGCAGAGCUGAGCACCGCUCCUGCCAUGUAUGACGACGAGAGCGCAAUCGACUUCAGCACCUACAUCGACUCUAUGGCGUCAGUGCCAAACCUGGAGCUGUGCAACGACGAACUCUUCGCUGACCUUUUUAACAACAGUGUCAAGCAGGAGAAAGUGGACUUUAACUACCUGACCAGCACAGCUGCAGGCGCCUCUGCUGCCAGAGACAAGCUGAAUCAAAGCGUGAAUGGUGGGUUCAGUGCGCCGAUUAAGCAGGAGUCGGACUGGAGUGAUAGCGACAAGUCCUCAUCUCUUCCCUCGCAGAUCGAAAACUGCGCACAGACCAUCAUGAGCCUGCAGACCGGUCAGCCCACACCACCGACUACACCAGAGCCAUCUGCAUCACUUGCCACCUCCAGAAAAGUAGGCAAAGAGAAGGGGAAAAAGAACCAGGAUAGGUACAGCCAGGAGUAUCGACAGAGACGGGAGCGGAAUAACAUCGCCGUCAGAAAAAGCAGAGACAAGGCAAAACUGCGCAACUUGGAAAUGCAGCACAAGAUGCUAGAGCUAGGCGCUGAAAACGAACGAUUGCAUACAACCAUCGAACAGUUAACCAGGGAUCUGACCAGCCUCCGAAAUUUCUUCAAGCAGCUGCCCAGUUCCACUUGUUUGGGCACCACGAGUAUUGACUGUCGGUGAGGUGAGAGUGGAAAUGUUAACGGACUUGUUUUAGCACGAUACCUCAAGGAGACACAUAUAUCGAAUCAGAACUUUUACAAAACGCCUGUAGCAUAAAAUACUGUAAAACAGUUACACCGAAUAAACUAAGUGGCAUUGAAAAAGGGGU